AAACGCGAGAACAAGGCCAGCACCUAUGGCCUCAACUACCUGCUGUCGGGCAGCCGCGCGGCCGCGCUGAGCGGAGGGGGCGGCCCCGGGCCCCAGGCGCCGCGGCCCGGCACGCCGUGGAAGAGCCGCGCGUACAGCCCCGGCAUCCAGGGACUUCAUGAGGAAAUCAUUGACUUUUAUAACUUCAUGUCCCCUUGUCCUGAAGAAGCAGCCAUGCGACGGGAGGUGGUGAAGCGAAUCGAAACCGUGGUUAAAGACCUUUGGCCAGCGGCUGACGUACAGAUAUUUGGCAGCUUUAGUACAGGCCUUUAUCUCCCAACCAGUGACAUCGACUUAGUGGUCUUUGGAAAGUGGGAGCGUCCUCCUCUGCAGCUUUUGGAGCAAGCUCUGCGGAAGCACAAUGUGGCCGAGCCGUGCUCCAUCAAAGUCCUUGACAAAGCUACAGUACCUAUAAUAAAACUCACAGACCAGGAGACUGAAGUUAAAGUCGACAUCAGCUUUAACAUGGAGACCGGGGUCCGGGCCGCAGAGCUCAUCAAGAAUUACAUGAAGAAAUAUUCAUUGCUGCCUUACUUGAUUUUAGUAUUGAAACAGUUCCUCCUGCAGAGGGACCUGAAUGAAGUUUUUACAGGUGGAAUUAGCUCCUACAGCCUAAUUUUAAUGGCCAUUAGCUUUCUACAGUUGCAUCCGAGAAUUGAUGCCCGGAGAGCUGAUGAAAACCUUGGAAUGCUUCUUGUAGAAUUUUUUGAACUCUACGGAAGAAAUUUUAAUUACUUGAAAACUGGUAUUAGAAUAAAAGAAGGAGGUGCCUAUAUCGCCAAAGAAGAGAUCAUGAAAGCCAUGACCAGUGGGUACAGACCAUCAAUGCUAUGCAUUGAGGACCCUCUGCUACCUGGAAACGAUGUUGGCCGCAGUUCGUACGGGGCCAUGCAGGUGAAGCAGGUGUUUGACUACGCCUACAUUGUUCUCAGUCACGCCGUGUCGCCCCUCGCGAGGUCCUAUCCCAACAGAGACUCUGAAAGUACUCUAGGAAGAAUCAUCAAAGUGACUCAGGAAGUGAUCGACUACCGGAGGUGGAUCAAGGAGAAGUGGGGCGGCAAGGCCCCCCCGGCGCCCGAGCUUGACAACAGAAUUAAGAUAAAGGAGCGAAUAAAUUCAUGUGAUGGGGAUCCGCCCCAGCGCCGAGACCCGGAGUCCCCCUACAGCCAGCGCCUGACCUUGUCUCUGCCCAGCCCCCAACUACUCUCGUCCGGCUCGUCCGCCUCCUCUGUGUCUUCGCUUUCCGGGAGUGACAUUGAUUCGGACACGCCGCCCUGCACAACGCCCAACGUUUACCAGUUCAGUCUGCAGGCACCUACUCCUUUGCUGGCCAGCCUACCCACCGCCUUGCCCGUGCCGAGCGGCAAAGCUCAGUCCGCUCCUUCCAGAACGUUGGUCAUGACGACUAACACUCAGACCAGGUUUACGAUACCUCCACCGACCCUGGGGGCGGCCCCCGUCCCGUGCAGACAAGUUGGCGUUGAAGGAACUCCGGCGUUGAAAGCUGUUCAUCACAUGUCUUCCGCGGCCAUUCCGUCCGCAUCUCCCAACCCGCUCUCGAGCCCUCACCUGUAUCACAAGCAGCACAGCGGCAUGAAGCUGUCCAUGAAAGGCUCGCACAGCCACAGCCAGCCUGGCACGUACAGCUCUGUGGGCAGUGGAGGCGUGCGGCCCCCCGUGGGCAACCGGGGACACCACCAGUACAACCGCACCGGCUGGAGGAGGAAAAAACACACACAUACGAGGGACAGCCUGCCCGUCAGCCUGAGCAGAUAAUAGCCCCUGAUGGCGCCUCCCGGCCCCCCCCUGCUCUUGCACAGACUCGCGCCGGGUGGCCUCGGCGCCCAGCCCGGAACUGAGACCAGCAUCCAGCACGUCGGCCUGGGCCCCGCGGACCGCCCGCCGCUGAUCACUCUGCAUG